AUGGAGAUCCAAUACGGAACAAAGGGCCUCCCGCCCCCUCCCAAUGUUUCUGUAGUCACCAAGCCCAUGGCCGGCCUCCUAGUCGACAUCUAUGGCUUACAAGAACUUCCCCCGGCUCCAGCACCAGUAACUUGCUUGUGGCUCCUCCAUCCCCGGACGCGGUCCAGGGCUGUCAUGCAUGAUAUCGCGAAGCGAGCCGUGCAUUCUUGGAACCAGGGCCAGAAGCAGAAACAGCGGGGGCUCGUGGCGCUGGUGUUUGACAUGCCUAACCACGGGACGAGGAUGGUGAGUGAGCUGGCGAACCAGGCGUGGGAUGAGGGCAAUGAGCAGCAUGCCAUUGAUAUGCUUGGCUUGGUCAAGGCGGGUGCGGUGGAUGCGAGCGGGUUGAUGGAUCAGGUGGCGGGGUAUCUUGGGAGAGAGACGGAUGCUCAUGUGUGUUUGGGCUGGAGUCUGGGAGGACAUGCAGCGUGGCAAGCGUGGUUUGGUGAGGACAGGAUGGAUUCUGCGGUGGUGAUUGUGGGUUGUCCGGAUCUUGCGGGCCUCCUAGGCAGUCGUGCUGCAGCAUCCAAGCUGGACUAUGGCGGGGCGAGUUUCUUGGGGAGCAAGUAUUUCCCCGCAGACUCCAUCGCCACCGUCCGGAAGAGCGAUCCCAAGGGCAUCCUCUUCGGGACGAAUCCCAUCCCCUCGCUGCCCCUUUCAUCGGCUGAGCAGGACAGGCUGCGAAAGAUCCUUGACAGCCGCGUUCGGGGGAAGAAGUUGCUCUUGUGCUCGGGCGGCGCUGAUGAGCUGGUGCCGUACGCUCAGGCGGAGCCGUUUAUUCGGGUGCUGAAGGAUGCUGUUGGUGGAUGGUAUGCUGAUGGGGGCGUGGAGGUGGAUGAUCGGGUGUAUGAGGGUGUGGGACACAGGUUUGCGGCGGAUAUGGUGAAUGAUGCGGUUGCGUUUUUGAUGAGGGUCGUUGCGGAGGGGCCGAGGCAGAAGAGUGAGAGUAGAGCAAAGAUGUAG